AUGUGGAAGGACGAGCUCUACAUCGUCUCAUGUGCAUUUGCGGCAGGACUCGUACUUGUGGCACAUGUGUCUGUAGUGUGCGGGAAAAAGGUAAGAAAUUUGGGGGAGAUGUUGGAGAUUUUGUAGAGUGAUGCUUGAAAAAAGAUUUUUAGCACAGUGUGAAAUUUCCUUAUGAUUUUUUCUGCACAGUGCGGAAUUUUUUGUAAAUUUUUUUGCACAGUGCGAAAUUUCCUUAUGAUUUUUUCUGCACAGUGCGGAAUUUUUUGUAAAUUUUUUUGCACAGUGCGAAAUUUCCUUAUGAUUUUUUCUGCACAGUGCGGAAUUUUUUGUCAAUUUUUUUACACAGUGCGAAAUUUUCUUACUAAUUUUUUGCACAGUGCAAAAUUCCCUCAUGAUCUUUUCUGCACAGUGCGGAAUUUUUUGUCAAUUUUUUUGCACAGUGCGAAAUUUUCUUUCUAUUUUUUUGCUCAGUGCGAAAUUUUCUAUUUUUUUGCACAGUGCAAAAUUUUCUUAUGAUUUUUUUGCACAGUGCGGAGUUUUUUGUCAUUUUUUUUGCACAGUGCUAAAUUUUCAAAAAAAAAAUCCUUGUUUCAGAAGAACAGGCCUCCUACGCGAAGUGAAGACAAUAAUGAAGAUGACGAAGGUGGUGGCGAGGAGCGUUCUGGCCAGCCCAAAGAUAAGAGUAAGAAGGCGCCGGCGGGGGCACCGCCCCCGGCGAAGCCUGGUGCUCCUCCGCCGCCAAAUGGUCCUCGGCCUCCAGAUCAAGGUGGAAUUGCUGGAACUCAUGACCCCAAUUAUCAGGUAAAAAAUGAUAUUUAUUUUUAACUAGUUUUCGUACAAUUUCAGACCCUGAACGCCUUGAAUCCAGACAUCUUCCAGGACAAGGGUGGAGGAGCUGCUGGAGGAGCAGGCGCAGGAGCGCCAGCUGCUGGAGCGCCAGGUGGUCCAAAGCCCCCAGCUCAAGGUGGAAUGGCGGGAACCCAUGAUCCUAAUUAUCAGGUGAGUCAAAAAUUCGAACAACCCUAAGGGCUUUUAGGCUGGUAUUUCUAGGGUAUCAAAAAAAAUUUAAAUUUUGACAUUUCGUCCAAAAAUUGAAUAUCGCCCAUAGACUAGCUUAAGUACAAUUUUAUGCCUUUUUCUGCCUAAAUUUUUGAUGACAAAGGCCUCAAACAAAUUGUGGACGAAACGUCAAAUUCAAAAAAAAGUCAAAAAAUUCGCAAAAAUAUAGCCUUUUUUCAGACCCUUGCUGCCGUCGGUGGAGAGUGCUUCCAGGACAAGGGUGGACCUGGCGCUGGAGCCGCAGCCCCCGCGGGAGGCGCCGGGCCAAAACCCCCGGGUGGUGGUGGAAUGGCGGGCACACACGACCCCAACUAUCAAACACUGGCCGGAGUGGGCGGUGAUGUGUUUGGACAGGACAAGAAAGGAGCAGGUGGAGGUGGAGCUGCACCAGCAGGCAACGGCCCGAAGGCCCCGGCCAAUCCGAAUGGGAAGGCGGCCACUCAUGAUCCGAACUAUCAGGUAAGGGAAAACCUUUUUAAUUUUUUUUUAUUUUUUUCGGAUUUUGGAAAAAAAUGAAGACCAAAAGAGAAAUUCGACAGCAAUUCAAUUUUUUUUAUUUUCAGACCCUUGCCGGAGUUGGAGGAGACGUUUUUGGAGCCGACAAGAAAGGUGGUGGUGGUGGUGCUGCGCCGGGAGGCGGUCCCAAAGCUCCGGCCAAUCAGAAUGCCAAGGCCGGCACCCACGAUCCCAACUAUCAGGUAAGUUUUUUAUUUUUUUGGAAAAAGUUCCUUAUUUUGGCCACAACAAAGGUACUCCGCGAACUGCGCCCAAGCUUGGGCAUUAAAGUUAGGAAAAAACGCUUCGACCUAGCUGGCACUGAAUUACUAUAAUAGCUCUAUAGUUUUAUGGGUACCUACGAAGGCUGUGACGACUCAUUUAGUUCCAUACGGAGGCAAAAAAAUUUAGUUCCGGACAUGUUUCAUCGUAUAAAAUGUAAAAUCACAGGCUGCAGCCGUUUUUGAAAGAUAAGGUGGUACGUAAAAAAGAAGGUACCUCAUUAAUUAGAUCCACUGUCCGGGCAUUGACAACGAUGAAUUGAGCGUGCACGCUAAAUUUGGGCUAAUUCCGACCAGUUUCCGCAAAGUUAUAAGUUGUGGCCAAAAUAAGGAACUUUUACCCAAAUUUCCACAUUUUUUUCAUCUUCAGACCCUUGCCGGAGUCGGUGGCGAUGUGUUUGGAAACGACAAGAAAGGUGGUGGUGGUGCGCCGGCCGGCGGUCCCAAAGCUCCAGCCAAUCAGAACGCCAAGGCCGGCACCCACGAUCCCAAUUACCAGACGCUGGCUGGAGUCGGCGGCGAUGUUUUUGGAGGCGACAAGAAGGGCGGGGCUAAGCCGGCGGCACCAGCGGCGGCACAAAAACCGAAGGCUCCGGCCAAUCAGCAGGCUAAGGUAAGGUUUGGAAGGGAGAUUUUUUGCAGCCUUAUGGCAAGGCUCCAGACCUAAGCUUGACUAUUCUCCGUAUCUGCCCCAAAUGAAGGGUACUCGUGAAAAUGGCAGUUUUAUGUUUGAUAAAUCUCAAUUUCAGGCUGCCACGAUGGAUCCGAAUUAUCAAACCUUGGCUGGAAUGGGUCAAGACGUCUUCAAGAAGAAGUAG